CUUAACCAUCCCCGCUUGACCGAAUCAGAAUGUUUAUGUACGGGCACACAUCCCUCGCGAUUUCCGUCUGAACAGCAAACGCAAAACAAACUGGUCUUCCUUUUGUUAAUGGCAUGUGAAGGUGGGAUGGAAUAACAUGUGCGAAAUUCUGCUCAUUUGAUCUGUUUAUGAUUCGUUUGCGCGAUCUACAUCGAAAACCAAACCACGUCGCUCCUUCUCCGUCACCCUCGAAUCGCACGUCCUUCAUUCAUCUGCCUUGCCGGCCCUCACAAUCUAAUUCUAACCUUCACUUGCGAUACAACAAAACACUCGAUAGUUAGUAAUUCAAUACCACUUUUCUUUCCGAGACUAACACCACUUUCUCGGUUUUGUCUAUUCCUCCUCGAUUAUCUACCCAUGGUGAGGCACGGCGCCCGUCGUCCUUAUCAUCCAUUGUCUCUCACAUUUCGAUCAUGGCACGCUAUCUCACGCCGGCCAAGAUUGGCCUACUAGCUCUGAUUGAGCUUUAUGUCGAAGAAACAGUACCUAACGACGCGAUCAUUCCGGUCCUGAGCUUCCUCACCUCUCACAUCCUCGACAGCGAUUUGCAAAGCACGAUGACAACUACGCCAGGCGCAGCAAACCGGUGGCAGAGAGCUGAGCGUAGCAUCGGACUGGUCGUUUCCAUCAAAGAUUUCGAGGACCUCUUGCUUCCCUUUCCGGCGGUCGAUCGACUGCCCGGCCGUCGUCUGUGGGACAGGUUUUUAGAGAAGCUGUGGGGCAUCGAUUCUCUCGAUGCAUUGCAAACAUUCUUCUCCCGUCAGCCACGAGUGUUGGCGCGAACUAGAGAGGAGCUGCGGCAGAUGACAGAGCUUGGAGAGGAACUGCCGUCCGGGAUACUUUUGGCGCGGAACUCGCCCUUGGGAGCUUUCGUAAGGAAGGCGGUGUUGGAGUUCACGAGGCUACAGUUUCAUCACUCGGCGGAGCUAUGGAAGGCGUUCGUCAAGUACCGCCAGCCUACGGUUUCUUACUGGAGAAGACGGAAUCCUCAGUGCGGGAGACUCAGUUUCGACUCGGUAUUGAUGGAGAGCCAGCAUGAAUGGGGAUCUUUCACGGAUGGAAUUGCUGUGACGGCAUACGGUGGCAUGCUCAUGGAUGAAGAAGACGGCGCGCUACCGGUCAGCACAGACGACAUCGAAAGCCUCCUUGAGUUCCAGAUCGAUCAGAUACAGAAGUAUGGCGCAAGAGUACCCGCAGAAAUCAGGGCGAAGUUCCACGCCAUGUUGAGAGACAGCCACGUCGUUCCCAGUCUGUCCCAUUAUCUCAACUUCUCAGAUGCUUGGAGAUCCGGUGAUUAUCCAUCAGCGUUUGACUACCUGCACAGAUACUUCGACUACACCAUGCAAAACCGCGACCGUCUUUUCUACCACUACGCCCUCAUGAACCUAGCAAUCGUACAGUCGGACUUUGGCUGCCAUAAGGAGGCAAUGGCAACCAUGCUCGAGACCAUCUCCACCGCUCGAGAGAACAAGGACAACACUUGUCUUAACUUCUGUCUCAACUGGUUCUAUCAUUUUGGCCGAGCACACCCAGAUCUCGUCCAAGAUCUCGAGGCCAACAGCAUGAUCGGGAGCGGUAAGGAAGCUCUCGCCUUCCUCCGAGCGAAAGCCAAAGAAACCGGCAUGCUCGUGCUCCGGAGUUCCGCCCUCCUUAGCGAAGCCAAGCUCAACAUGGCCAAUGGCGAAAGCAUCGCCGGCGCCAUGGAACACCUCGUGCGCAGUUCGCAUAUCAUCGUCGAAAGAAACAUGAAGAGCCUAAUCGGCUCGCAACUAUCCGUCACCACCUCGCUCUGGGACCGACUCGGCAUCUCCUACCUCUCCACCAUGACCAGUGAGGUCUUUUUGCGCGUCCACGCCCCAAGCGCAUGUUUCGACGACGAGCUCAAGAUGGUCUGCCGGCUAGCCGGCACCCUCGCCGGCAAGGGCAAGUACAACGAAGCCUUCGCCAAGCUCGAGGACGGCAUCGACAAGAACUUGCUCCGCGCCGCCAAGCCUAACCAGUACUGGCACCUCUACCGCGGGCUUGUCAAGCUGCGGCGCGACCUGCACCACAACGACCUCGACACGGCCGAGACGCUGCUCGCGCAGCUGCUGCAGAUCGGCUCCGAGGAGCUCGAUCCGGAUGUGGUGUUCAUUAUCGACUCGCUGCACAUCGAGGCACUGAUCCGGCGCAAGGACUUUGACGCCGCGUACGAGAAGAUCGAGCGGCUGAUCGCCAAAUUUCGUGAUGACCACCGGGACUUGUCUCUACGUAUUCGGCUACUGCUGGCUAAGGCGCACCUCUUUGACUGCAUGGGCAGACCGGAAAGGGGGUUCUCAAUCACCAUGCGCGCGGCGAGCCUUGCGUGGCGUGCGCGGCUGCUCACCCUCCUGUGGCAGGCGGUUGGCGCUCUGGCCAACAUACUGAAUGCGAUGGGCGAGUUCACUGGCGCUGUGCAGCUAGUAGAAGCAGUGCUGCCGCGCUCGAUGGAGUCGGAGAAUGCUUUCAACACAGGCAUACUGUAUAGUAUCCUAGCGGAUGCCAGGAUGGGACAGGCUGGGAAAGCUGGAAAAGCCAGGCAGGCGAUGACGACGACGGGAGAAACAACAGGAGCGGCCGCGGCCGCGGCGGCGAGCUUGAUGAACAACAAAAAAAUCGACCUCUUUACGAAGGCACACGAGGCGCUGGAGUGUGCGUUCAACCACUUCUCUGCGGCGGAAGAUCUGGAGAAGCAGUGCGAGACGUUGGCGAAGAGGGCGACGCUAAUGAAAGUGCUGGGGGAUCAUGCUCGAGCGGAGGAGUAUGCGGCGCGGUAUAUGGCAUUGAAGAGGCAGAGCUCGUCGGGCGAGCAUUCUAGUGUAUGGUCGACAGAUACAGGUACUCCAUAAUAUGGUUUGGGUGGGACUCAGUGAAGCUCCGGUCGGACGUUUUUAUGGAGCAGUUCGGUUGUAAUGACUUGAUGAGGAAUGGAAAAUAUUGUCGAUGGCCAUAGAGGUUGAUGUUUGAUUUCAUCGAAUAUGGCCCGGAUAUGUGCCCCUUGUUUUGUGUCAUUAAACCCCUAGUAGAAAUGGAUGGGAGCUAUCAAGGCUCACUGCACCUUGUCUCAUGGAGAUCCCCAGCAAUAGCAGUAGCACAUUGUUUUCGUCUUGCACAUGGGCUUCCAUCAAGAAUAAGGUC